AUGAAUUUGGUGACGUUGCGUUACAACUUGGUGAACACGGGUUUGCUGAGUAACCGGCAGGCGUUGACGUUUGCGGCAGUGGGACCGGUGGCGUUGUCGGUGCUGGUUCAAUGGCUACCGUUGGAUUUUGGCGAGGCGUUGGAUACAUUAUGUUCUCUAGCGAUUGGUUAUUGGGUACCGUUGUUGGUUUACGUGGUGGCUAUGCGUCAGUCGCCUUUGGCACUGCGCGACGAGGUGCGUAAGGAUGUGUUACGGCUCUCCAUCUCCGCCUUCCGUCCUGUCCAGGGCAGUCUUCAGGAAGUGCAGGAAGUGCUGCGCAAAUGGGCCAAGUACGCCGCCCACGGAGAUGUACAACUUCGCGUCCUCCUCCGCAUGGACAAACCCCAGGACCGCCAAGAGUUCAUCGCGCGUCGCAUCCCGCGCAGUGAAUCCUCAUUCGGCACCCGUAGCUCCUCCCUCACCGCCCUCUCCGUCUUCUCUAGAAGAUCCUCCUGCCCCUCCUCCAUCCGCUCCAAAACCGUCCUCUCGCUUGAGGGAUCAGACCGCGCCGCUGUCCAUAGGCGCCUCUCUUGCGACCACACCCGUGUGCUCGACCACACCCGUCUGCUGACCACACCCGUCUGCUAG